AUGUUUAGAUAUUGCUUAUUUAAUGUGUUAUUGUUAUGUGCCGUGUCUAUUUUUGCUUCUAAAAUUGUUGAAGGAUCUCAGCCAAUCUUACAAAGAACAAUCGAAGCUUUAUUCAAAGAACGAACUACCAAAGUGUAUCCAGGCCCAUGCCAAGUGCUUCGAGCUGCUAAACGUCAAACAAAAAUGUGUGACAGAGACACCGGGCUGUCGACAGUACUGGCCACCGCUAAAGAGCAAGCAAUCACAACUUGUGAAGAAACUUUUCAAUACGACAGAUGGAAUUGCUCGCUUGUGUUCAACAGAAAAGCUAAAAGAAGCAUAUUCAAUAAAAUAUUUAGAGAGACUGCCUUUAUACAUGCUUUAGUUGCAGCAUCAAUAACUCAUUCAGUCGCAAAAGCUUGUGCAUCUGGAAAACUAUCCUCUUGUUCGUGUGUGGGAAGAUUCGGCAAAAAUUCUACAUGGAAAAUAGCUGGUUGUGGUGAUGACUUUAGGCAUGGGAAAAAAGUUACUAAGAAUUUCCUGGAUUUUAAACACGCUGGGAAUGAUCAAAUUGCCGAAAUCUUAAAACAAGAUAUCAUUGUGGGAAUAGAUACUAUAGGAGAACAGUUGAAAGAGGUCUGUAAAUGCCAUGGAUUUUCCGGAUCUUGUACUACGAAAACAUGCUGGAAAAGAAUUGGACCAUUUAACUCAGCUAUGGGCUUAUUGAAGAAGCAUUACCAUCAUGCCGUGAAAAAGAAGCUUUUGAACUACACAACAAAGAGGGCGAUUACUCCAAAAAUUAGAAGUAAAUUGCGUUUGGAUAAGAAAAAUCUAGUCUAUUUGCAAAGAACUCCAAAUCUGUGUAUUAGUACUAAAGGUAGAAUUUGUAAGGAUAGACAUAAUUGUGCCACGUUGUGUUGUGGGAGAGGUCAUAUUACUGGCAAAAAGAAUGUGAGUUCUAGAUGCAGAUGUAAAAUGGUAAACUGUUGUUUCGUUCAAUGUGAUACUUGUGUUGAAGAAGUAGAUUACUUCACUUGAUACCCUAAAAAGGAUAUCUACGAGAACCCAUCAGGAUUAAGCCGCCUGAUCCGCAGGCCACAACACCGUGGCGAACGGGAGCUAGAAGAUGUUCUGGUGUUGAAUGAACCCAAUAUUCUUCUCUCCAGUUUCACGCAGUUGCCUGAAACACCAAAGUUCAUUCAAGAGGUAGGGUUAACUUGA